GAGCUUUAAUGCACCUUUGCAUCCCGCGCAACACGCACGCAUCAGUCAGAGCAGCUCCUCGGCGGCGCGCGCGGUGACGAACGAACGAGAGAUUAUAAUUCUUCGUGUCCCAGUUUGUUUCUCCCACUAGGCGCGGCGGAGCCCCCACUAGAGCCGAGCCGAGCUUGCUGGAGAUUGUCGAACAGUGUCCGUCCGUCCGUCCGUCGGUCGGUUGUGUGCGUCGAGCGAUGCUGGUGAGCGGGUUGGUGUUCGAGUGGGCGCGCGGCUGGCUGCGGCCCGAGGACGCGUGGUGCACCCUGCUGGUGUUCGCGGCCGCGCUCGCGGUGGCGCGCGCCGCCCAGUUCCUGUGCGAGCUGCGCCGGCUGCCGCCCGGCCCGUGGGGCGUCCCCGUGCUCGGCUACCUGCCCUUCCUCAAGGGCGCGCCGCACCUCCACUUCCACCAACUGGUCGAGCGCUUCGGCUCCAUCUUCUCGGCGCGCCUCGGCAACCAGCUCGUCGUCGUCCUCAGCGACCACCGCACCAUCCGCGAGGCCUUCAAGCGCGACGAGUUCACCGGGCGGCCCCACUCGGGCUUCAGCGACCUCGUCGGCGGCUACGGAAUCGUCAACACCGACGGCAAAAUGUGGAAGGACCAGCGCCGCUUCCUGCACGAGCGCCUCCGCCACUUCGGCAUGAAACUCUUCGGCUCCGGCAAAGAGCAAAUGCAGACCCGCAUCAUGGCCGAGGUGGAGAGUUUUCUGCGCACCCUGGCCAAGACGGAUUCGGCGCCGACCGACCUGAACGAGCCUCUCUCCAUGUCCAUCUCAAACGUCAUCUGCUCGGUGAUCAUGAGCGUGCGCUUCAAGCAGGAGGACUCGCGCUUCAAACGCUACACGCACCUCAUCGAGGAGGGCUUCAAGCUCUUCAGUUCGGCCGCCGCCAUCAACUUCGUGCCCAUCCUGCGUCUGCUGCCCGGCAUGAACAAGGCCUGCCAGAAACUUGUCCAGAACCGCGACGAGAUGGGCGAGUUCUUCCAGGAAACGGUGGACGGACACCGCGAGUCCUUCGACCCUGAGAACAUGCGCGACCUGGUCGACACGUACCUCAUGGAGAUCCAAAAGGCCAAGGCCGAGGGCCGCGACGGGAAGCUCUUCGAAGGCAAAAACCACGAUCGGCAAAUGCAGCAGAUCAUCGGCGACCUUUACUCGGCCGGCAUGGAGACGAUCAAGACGACGCUGCAGUGGGCCGUGGUCUUCAUGCUGCACCACCCUGAGGUGGUCAAGAGCAUGCAGGAGGAGCUGGACCAGGUGGUGGGGCGCAAGCGGCUGCCCAACCUGGACGACCUCCCCUACCUCCCCUACACCGAGUGCGUCAUCCUCGAGGUGCUGCGCCGCUCCUCGAUCGUGCCCCUCGGCACCACCCACGCCGCCACCAAGGACGUCUUCCUCGACGGCUACUUCAUCCCCAAGGACACGCAGGUCAUCCCGCUGCUGCACGCCGUCCACAUGGACCCCACCCUGUGGGACAAGCCCGAGCAGUUCCGGCCCACGCGCUUCCUCAACGCCGAGGGCAAGGUCACCAAGCCUGAGUUCUUCAUGCCCUUCGGAGUCGGUCGGCGCAUGUGCCUGGGCGACGUGCUGGCCCGCAUGGAGCUCUUCCUCUUCUUCGCCUCUCUAGUGCACACCUUUGACCUCAGGUUACCCGACGGCGAGACCCUGCCCAGCCUCAAGGGCAACACCGGCAUCACCGUCACGCCCGACAGCUACAAAGUCUGUUUGCUCCGGAGGGCGGCCGAGUUUGACCUAGUGCCGAGUCCGAGCGGCAAACUUCGCAGUGCUGGGAGCCAGUAAGUGAGACUCACGAUUCUCGAAGCAACAUUCCUUAUUAGCGCUGAAAGUUCCUCAACUCAUCGUAUUUUAUAUAUUUUUGUACAUCCAUCGCCCUUCUUUUUAUACCUCCGCGCGCGCGCGCGUGUGUAAAUAUUUAUUAUGCAUUAAUUGUUGCUCAACAAGUUCCAUGUACGAUUUAAAAAAAAAAGAAAGAAAAAAGUGCCAUAUUCAGCAGCCCCAUCGGAUUUCUCUCACAUAUAUAUUUUGCAAGGCCAACAUUCCACGUUAUUGUGUUUUAUUCGUCAAGUGUGUUGGCUGUGUAAUUAUAUUAUUUUACUUCCUGUCAGUGUUCAAACAUUUUCAUGUAAAUAACACGCACUCCACGAAAUCCUAUCGUAAGUUUAGUUGUCGCCAAAAGUACUUUUAUUGAAUAAUUAAUUAAUUCGACCAAAAAGCGAGACGAACCCAUUUUCCAUUAUUUCACAAUUUCUCGGGCGAAGAAACGCGCAAGCUAACUUUUGACUAGUCACAAACGCGUUCAUACAGUUUUUUUUUCCAAAUGAAUUCAAAUCGGUGUUCGUCCUUUAAAAAAAAAAAAAUUGCGUCAUUUUUCAGCGAUCCCACCUAUCAUCUCAUGGUGACAUACUUUUUUUUGCAUGUGAUUUAUAUAUAUAUAUAUAUAUACAAUUGUAAAUGAAAACUUGUGUAAUAAUUUAGUAAUUUAUGUAAAUGUUCCGCGUCAGUUACCGCCAAGACCGCAUGCGCGAAUCUCAAAACAAUAUUCGAAUCCGAAAAGGUGGCAAUUUAUUGGCAAGGAAAAGUCGCUUGGUUUUUCACUCCCCCCCCCCCCCUCCACGCACACACACACUUGCUAGUCCAUGUCGAACGCACACAAUCAGCCAGUUUUCCAAUUCGCUCGCGCCCGGGCUUGGUGGACAUUUUUUAGUACAAAUUUUUUUCCCACAUACCUGUGUGUAUUUUUAAUUUAUUGUACGAUUAUUUUUUUUUCUCUUUUUACAACAUUCCGCGUGAAAAAUCCUCUUUUCUCCGACGAUAAAAUGCCAUUGGAUUUGGAGAACCGCCAUUUUUAUUUUUUCAAAUUUUGUGUGUCAUUUAUUAUAUGUAAAUAGUGUAAGAAACCGCAAAAGUGUUUUGUAAUAAAUCCUAAGUGCCUAAGUAUAUAUGAAAAAUAAAAGAGCCGGCGAAAGAGCCGAAGACGAA